ACCAGGCGGGGAGGAACCGCCGCCCCCGACUAGCGGCGGCCUACCCGGGCCCAGCGGCGGCGGCGGCGGCGGCUCUGUUUCCGAGUUGGUCGCUGCCGGGCCCGGGCCUCCAUGGGGAGGCCGGGCAGCCCCCCGCAGGCGGAGAGCCGCUGCCCGCUGUGGGCGCUGCCGGAGGAGCUGCUGCUGCUCAUCUGCUCGUACCUGGACGCGCGGGCCUUGGGCCGCCUGGGCCAGACCUGCCGCCGCCUUUGCCGCUUCACCUGCCGGGAUGCGCUGUGGAGGCGACUCGCCCGUUCCUGUCUCAACGCAGGCUUCAGCGCGCACGGCGCCGACCUAGUGGCUGGUGUUCCAGUGAAGGAAAGGGUCAAGGUUUCUCAGAACUGGAGGCGUGGACGCUGCCGGAAAAUCCCACUCCUCAGAUGGAAGCGCAAUUUAAUGCCCUGGAUGCAGCUAGAUGAUGACUACCUCUACCUAUCCCAGGCAGAAGACAUUCAAGUUUAUUGGCUCCAUCCCAAUGGUACCAGCUUGCAACACUGUUCCCAAGCAGUCUUCUCUGGCCACCAGGAGGACGUGUGCCGCUUUGUGCUUGCUAAUGGCCAUAUUGUCAGUGGAGGAGGAGAUGGCAAUAUUGUCCUUCAUAAGCUGAAUGGCUCCUUCAGCUUCAAGUUCUUGGGGCAUGAACAGGAAGUGAACUGCGUGGAUUGUCAAGGAGCUAUCGUUGUGAGUGGUUCACGGGACAGAACAGCAAAGGUUUGGUCCUUGUCACCAGGCAGAGCUGGGCAGUGUUUGCACACCAUACAGACUGAAGACCGGGUCUGGUCCAUUGCCAUUAGUCCAUUAUCAAGUUCAUUUGUGACUGGAACUGCUUGCUGUGGACAUACCUCACCUUUGAGAAUCUGGGACUUGGGGAGUGGACAACUAGUCACCUGCCUUGGGACAGACUUCCAUCGAGGAGCUGGAGUCUUAGAUGUUUUCUAUGAAACACCUUCCACCUUGCUGUCUUGUGGGUAUGAUACCUAUAUCCGAUACUGGGAUUUACGGACGAGCACAAGGGAAUGUGUCAAGCAAUGGGAAGAGCCUCAUGACAGUGCCCUGUACUGCAUUAGGAGCAAUGGGAAUCACAUGAUUGCAAGUGGAUCUUCUUAUUAUGGCGUGGUCCGUCUUUGGGAUAAGCGACAAACCAGGUGCUUACAGAGCUUCUCCUUGUCAUCACCCAUCAGCAGUCCUGUGUACUGCCUACGAUUCAGCACCACUCAUCUCUAUGCCACCCUGGCAUCUGCCCUGUAUGCCCUUGAUUUUACUACCUCCUGAUGGAGAUUGGCUUGGACUGCAGAUAUAAUACCCAGCUCAGGGAGCACAAAAAGGAAAUGAUUACCUUGACAGAAGAAGCAGCCUGAAACUCACACUAAGUGCUAUGGGGGAACCCAAGGAAGGAAUGUUCACCUGCCUUCUGGUUCAAUUAAAGGCUAAUGUCUCCUUCCCUCAUUUUAUUUUGCACAUUUUGGGGUUUUGUGUUGCAUUUAAUUUCUAUGAAGGCAUUAUUCAGUUGUGCAUUCUCUUUUGCUAUCAGCAUAGAUUCUGUUUGGACCUCUGAAUGCUGCAAGCCAACCAUUCUUCAUGUUUUAGAUUUAGUUUAGGAGGAUGGGGCUAGCUGCUUACUUCACUGACAUUCAUCACUGCCACAUAAAUGGACACUGGGCUAUAAGACCAAAGCCUUGGAUUACUCUGUGCAAAUUGUACCAAUUUUUAACUGUCUGCAUACAAGGAGUGCUGCACUAGAAAGGUGUUGUCAGGUCAAUGUGCUAAAUAAAUUUUAUAAUGGGAAGAAAGAAUGUGAGUUCAAAACCAGUGACUAAUAGCUGUAUAAUUUAAAUAGAUUCCUAGGAUCAAAUGCAAUGAUUUGCUUACCUAAAAAUAAAAUUAUUUCUACAGCUGUAACUUUUGAAACAAUGAACUACAUCAGGCACAUCCAACUCCCAAGAGACUGCAGUCUACUCCCAGUAUAAAAUAACUGGCAGUGAUCUACCUAUUGCCAUUGGAGUUGUUAAGCUUUUUUUGGGGGGGGGGAGGAUUGAUCAGAGUUGUUAAACUUUUUUUGUGGGGAGGACAGAGUUGUUGAGCUUUGGGGGAUGAAAAAAAACAAACAUAAAAAGGUGCAUAUCACACAAUGCGAUACAGGUAACAUUAAUAUCGCUUUCCCGCUUCCUGCAAUGCUCACUGCUGCUGCGGUGCCAACAAAGGGACCUAGUGCUGGCAGUCUGAUAAGGGGACAUUACUUGCCCGUGAUCGACCGCAAUCUACCAGGAUGUUUUUCUCCGAGAACUUUGUGCAACAUCCAUUCCUGGUUACUUCUAAGAGUAGGACACAACAGGGGGAAAGUAACCAAGUACCCUAGCCCUUGUCAGCCACUCCCAACAAACACCUGUGUUUGUGACACAUUCCUUGAUCAUCCUAUCUCCAACCUUCCAUUAAGAUAUACAGUCCUAACAAAUUCAGUGAGUGACACUGAGAAAUCAGCAUUCUUAGGAGAGAACCCAAAGGUUAAAAGAUCUUUAGGAAUACAAAAAUUUAUGGGGCAGCCCCCAGCAGCAACUCAUUAAGGACUGAGCAUGCCUAGCCAAAGAAUGCUGAAUGUCCAAUGAGUGGGAAAUGGCUGAACAGCAGCUCCCCGGACUAUAACAUUUUGUUGCAAGUCCUUGUUGGUUCUAUUUGCCAUUAGUAUAGAGUUCUAUGGAAACUAGGAAAUGCUGUGCUUUUAAGGUUUGUGAACUUGCAGCCUAAAGAUAAUAUCUACCUUUUGCCUGUUGUGUGCCUGGCCUCUGUGUGUUGUUGUUUUUUAAUUAAAAAAAUUCUAGCCAUUAUUCACAUAUAAAAUUGGGAUCAGGCUGGGAGGGAUAUAGUUUUCAUA